UAAUAUUCAUACAUCUCAAAAGAAAAAACAAUGUUUAUCUACGUAAAAGAUCGAUGAAAUAAAUGCUGUUUUUUUUAAAGAAAAAUACACUUGCAUUCUGGGAAAAAACAAUAUUUACAUAUUGCUACCUAGCAACAGCUAAUUACAACAUGGAACUUGCUUCCGAAUACAGUUUAUGACGCUACUACUAAGGUGUCUGAUUACAACCCCAAAUCAGAAUGACUACCAAAAGACCUCAUAUUCCUUACUCUAAGACUAAUGAAGAAGUGAAGAAGCCAAAGCCACAAUACCUCAAUUAUUUCCCUAAAACACCAAACAUCCAAGACAACCAGUUGGUUAUAAAGCAACAGAAGGCCUUAAAAGUUUUAAUACAUAAUGUCCCUGGUUUUGCACUGAUGCCCAAAUUACAUAAUGACAAAUCACAAAGCAAACAAGCUGUUAACAUUGAGGAAGAGAUCAAGGAUUCUAGUAUUUCUUCAGAAAAUAAAAUUUCCACCACAGAAGAGAUUCGUCUCCCAAAAUGUCAAUCACAGCCAGAAGGAAGGGAGACUACGAAUAAACAGCAUUCAAAAACUGAAACUGAAAGUUAUGAUGAAAAACCAGAUCAAUAUUGGUCAAAACAGAAAAAGCAAUGCAUGCGACAGAGAAGAUAUACACAUUUAACAAAUAAAACACAUGAUCAAAUAAAAGAAGGUGAAUGUAACCUUCAGCUGAUCCUUCAAACAAUGAAAGAAGAUAACUCCAAUAGCUUUAUAUAUCUAAGUCCAGCAGUUCCAAAAUCAUCUGUUUUUUAUCAUUACUACAAUCUCAAAGUGGUAAAUUUUGAAAACAUCAAUAAACAUGACUACUGCACAAUAAGUGCUGCAGGGGUGAUGCGGUAUUGUUCUGGACACGAGACAGAGUUCUUAUACCUUGAUGUCUGGGAACAAGAAUAUCGAUAUUUUAUGCUGGUUAAAAAGAUCCCAAUUUUUGAAAAUUUCCGAAAAUGGAAAGCUUUCAGACGAUGGAAAGUUAAUGUUUCCUUUGAUAAAUUCCAAAAAUGCAGAAAAUUCCUGAGAGAAAACUUGUUUAUUGUAAAUGAGUCUCUUUGCCCGGCUCUUCUGAACGUUCAAGAAAUGUGUCACCGUAUUAGUGAGAUGAGUUUAUGUAAGAUUGAACAAAAUCACACUUGUUCACUAAAGGAGUUUAAAAAAGUCCAGUUGAAUCAGUUACAAGAGGUUUCUGUGAAAUUGAAAACUUUCCGAGAUCUUGUGAAAGAGGUUGUUCGAACUGCUUGCCGUACUGCUCUUUUGGAAGCAGGUUUCACUCCAGAUGAUUAUUAUUUUGAUAAUGGAGAGAAUAAUAUAGGUGAAGGUCACCAUUAUGAUUCACAGGGCUAUGAUUAUGAUAUUUUUGAUGAAGCACCUGAAAAAAUGACCUAUACAGAACAAGCAAACAAGCGCAGUCAUUGCAAAAGACUCACAUGUUUCAUUCGAUUAGCUGAUUAUUUGGUUGUCAACACCAUGCAUACUUUAGCAGUGAAUUCAGUGUCAACCCUAUUGAAUAAUUUUAUGGAACAAAUUCAAAAUACACCCUCAGAAGAAAGCAACAACUCAGAUGAAAAUAAUGAAAAUAAUGAAACAUCAGCUAAGUUGACAGAUGAAACCCUAAGAAAACCAACUGUUUUAUCACAAUUCAUACCAGAAGAAGAUUCCAAAAGAUUGAUUCCAUUAUUUCUAACAGAACUUGUGCUUGAAAGAAAUCAACUCUACUUUGAUCCUGACGUUAACAGUUUCCAAAGUAAUAUUCAGGAAGUCAUUCGCCAUUUUCAAGAUACUGUUCUUGGAGUUCCAAAUUUAAUACCUGAUAAUUAUUUUGAUGCUUUCACACAGCCAAUUAUAAAUGGAAAAUUUGAAGAGAAAACUUGUGGAGAAGGUCCCAGUUUAUCAACGAUGUUUGAGGAAGAUAAAUACUUACAUCAACUUGUAAUUAAUAUUCAGGACACUUUAACAUUUGCUUUUAACGCUGCUAACCAAUAUAGCAAUGACUUUACUCCUUUUCUGCAAUUUUACCAAGAAAAUGAAAAAUUUGAUUCUGAUAAACUUCAAGAAGAAAGUGAUUUGGAUGUCCAGUUCUUUUCAGAAUCCCUAAAGCAUUACCAUAUGCAACAUAAAAUGGCAGGAAACAUUCAGAAACAGCGUCAGCUUGGUUUACUUUUAAUUGAUGCAACUAAGAUGAAACAGCUUUUCAUUCCUUCUCCAAUACGCUGUUUAAAUAUUAUCAACAACAUUUUGCCCCGUUUAGCUCGGGAGAAAGUUGAAAAGUUACUAUCAGAACUUCAAGAUGGACAAUUUCAGCUGGAGUUCCAGCCUAGCAGCACAGAAGAAUAUGUGAAGAACCUUACAUUUCUCAACCAAAUUCAAGAAAGAAUUGAACCUCUUGAGGAUGAAGCUGUGUUUGUCAAACAGUUGUAUGAUUUGAUUGAUAUAUAUGAUGUUCAGACACCUCCAGAAGAUUUAGCAGUUUAUCAGACCCUUUUGCCAUCUAUAAACACUGUGAGGGAUUCAAUCGAUAAAGCUCUUGCGGACCGAGACAGCAAUCUGAAUCAGCUUUCAAAUCAUAUUGAUGAAGAUAUUACUGAACUUAAUAAAGAAGUUAAAGAAACAAAGAAAAUAGCAAUGGAUCAAAUGCUUUUAAAUGUUGAAUCUGAAAAAGAAAAGGUUAAAAGUACAUUGAAAAAACUAUUGACAGAGAUGGCUUCAUUACAGAACAGAGCAUCGGUUUAUAAAUCUUAUCAGAAAGACUUUAAUCUUGAAGUCACAAAGUUUGAAGAAUUGGAUGAAGUUUAUUCAGAACUAAAAAUGAAAGACCUUUUGUGGAGAUCAUUUGAUGAUUGGGAAAAUCAUGUUGAAACAUGGAACAGUGCAUUAUUCGAAACCUUAGAGCCUGAUCUUAUGAUUUCCACAACGUCGAGAUACCUGAAAACUGUGACUAUGUUAGAGAAAGGGCUUCCUCCAAAUACUGUCGUACCAGUGUUAAGAAACCAAGUGGAAGAUAUUAAAGAAAAGUUGCCAAUUGUUACCCAUCUGAGAAAUUGUAACUUGAAGCCACGACACUGGGAAAAGCUAGAAAACAUUUUAGACUGCAAACUUCAGGAUGGAGACGAGUUGACUCUACGUAAACUAACAGAGAUGAAGGCAGACCAAUAUAUUGCUCAGUUUGAAGAAAUAUCAAGCCAAGCAACAGCAGAGUACAAUCUAGAAUUGAUACUGAAAAAGGUUGAAGAAUCCUGGAAAUCUGUUGAGCUGACAGUUUUAUCAUACAAAGACUACAAGGAUACAUAUAUCUUAGGUGGAACUGACGAUAUUCAACAACUAUGGGAAGAUAGCAAUAUCAACAUUACUACAAUUAGCAGUUCUAAAUACGUGGGUCCUAUCAAGAGUCGCGUUGAAGAAUGGCAAAGACAGAUGGAACUUUUUGGGAAAACACUUGAUGAAUGGUUACUCUGUCAGAGAAGUUGGCUAUAUUUGGAAAGCGUCUUUAAUGCAGCAGACAUACAGCGGCAGUUGCCAUCUGAGGAUCGUAUGUUCCGACAAGUAGAUAAAUCAUAUAAAGACAUAAUGAGAAAGGUUCAAAAAGUUCCUCUUGCAAUGAGAGCUGUUACACAACCUGGGUUACUAGAAACUUUUCAAAUGAACAAUUCUUUUCUGGAUGCAAUUCACAAAUGUUUAGAGACUUAUCUAGAGUCCAAACGGAUGGUGUUUCCAAGAUUUUACUUUUUGUCCAAUGAUGAACUGCUUGAAAUCUUGUCUCAAACCAAAAAUGUUCAAGCUGUACAACGGCAUCUGCUGAAAUGCUUCAAUGCAAAGCUUGAAUUUAAAGAAAUUGCACAGUCAGAAAAUGCAGAUGAACUGGAAAUAGAAGACAAACUUGCCAUUCAAUACAGCAAUGAGAUUAUCGGAAUGAUAUCUCCAGAAGGAGAAAAAGUUGGUUUGGGAAAAGGAUUGAAAUCACGUGGAAAUGUGGAAGAAUGGCUUGGAAAAGUAGAAGAAGCUAUGUUUUUGAAUAUUCGUAAAUUAUUAAAAUCUGCAAUGCUGGAAUAUCACGAGUGUAACUAUGAACAAUGGGUCUUGUUAAACAUACAGCAAGUGACACUGACCAUCUCCCAAAUUAUAUGGUGCCGUUGUCUGACUCAUAUUCUUGCAGAAAAUGCUAAUGUGAGAGAGAAACUGAAAGUAUUUGAAGAGACUUGUUUCAAAAAUUUGAACAAACUUGCAGAACUUGUGAGCGGUGGCUUGGACAAACUAGCACGUUCUACCUUAUGUGCAUUAAUAACUAUAGAAGUCCAUGCUCGUGACAUUGUUUCUAAUUUGAUUGAAAAAGAUAUCUCAAAUUGUCAUAGCUUUGAAUGGCAGAAACAGCUGCGAUAUUACUGGGAAGUUGAACAAGACACAUGUGUUGUUCACAUGUGUAACUCAAACUACAUCUAUGGCUAUGAAUACCUUGGAGCAUCUUCUCGACUUGUUAUAACACCAUUGACAGAUCGCUGUUACAUAUGCUUGAUGGGAGCAGUUCAACUAGAUUUGGGUGGAGCACCUUUGGGACCAGCUGGGACAGGGAAAACUGAAACAACAAAGGAUUUAGCUAAAUCUUUAGCAAAACAAUGUGUUGUUUUCAACUGCUCAGAUGGACUGGAUUAUAAGUUGAUGGGACGAUUUUUUUCUGGUCUGGCACAAUCAGGAGUAUGGUGCUGCUUUGAUGAAUUCAAUAGAAUAAACAUUGAGGUACUAUCUGUAAUUGCUCAACAGUUGGUGACCAUUAAAAAUGCUAAAUCUGAAAAAUUGUCAAGAUUCAUGUUCGAAGGUCGUGAAAUAAAACUGGUUGCUUCCUGUGCUACAUUUAUAACAAUGAACCCAGAUUACGCAGGACGAACUGAACUGCCUGAUAAUCUAAAAGCACUUUUCAGACCAAUUUCAAUGAUGGUUCCAGAUUAUUGUUUGAUUGCUGAAGUGAUCUUAUACUCCGAAGGCUUCCUGUCAUCAAAAAUAUUAGCCCAAAAGAUUACCCAAAUGUACAAGUUAUGCAGUGAACAGUUAUCACAACAAGAUCAUUAUGACUUUGGGAUGCGGGCAAUAAAAUCUGUUCUAGUCAUGGCUGGUUCUUCCAAGCGACAAAAUACAGAACAAAAUGAAAAUUUACUUUUAAUAAGAUCACUAAGAGACAGCAACUUACCAAAAUUUCUAAAAGAAGAUGCAGAUCUCUUUCAGGCUAUUCUCCAAGACUUAUUCCCUGGGAAUGAAGUUCCUGCAAACGACUAUGGAAAUUUUGAAUCAGAAAUUCUGAAUGUAAUGAAAGAAAACAACCUUGAACCUGUCAAUGCCAUGGUGAAAAAAGUGAUUGAAUUAUAUGAAACUAUGUUGGUACGGCAUGGUGUUAUGCUGAUUGGUCCAACAGGUGGUGGCAAGACAACAAUAUAUCAGAUUUUGAAAGAUGUUUUAACAAAUCUACACACAUCUGAAGAAGCAAAUAGUUUUUACAGACCUGUUUUUUGUUUCAUCUUAAAUCCUAAAUCUCUUGACAUUGAAGAAUUAUAUGGAGGAAUAAAUAAAGUAACCAUGGAAUGGCACGAUGGUCUUUUAGCACUGGCUGUAAGAGCUGCAUGUAAUGACACCAGUGACAAUCACCAGUGGGUAAUAUGUGAUGGUCCAGUCGAUGCAUUGUGGAUUGAGAACAUGAAUACAGUUUUGGAUGACAAUAAGAUGUUAUGUCUUGCCAACAGUGAAAGAAUCCAACUAACUCCCUACAUACACAUGAUGUUUGAAGUUCAAGACUUAGCAGCAGCUUCUCCCGCUACAGUCAGCCGAUGUGGAAUGGUGUAUAUUGAUACUGAACAGCUGAAAUGGAUGCCAUAUGUUAAGAAAUGGGUUAAAAUUUGGAGUUCGAAGUUGCUUGAUGAAAAUGCUGAGUAUUUAUUUGAUUUGUUUGAAAAAUAUAUUGAGAAGGGGCUUCAAUUCAUCAACAAAUGUCAACACACUAUGCAACAGGUUGACAUAAGUAAAGUAAUGGCCGUAUGCAAAUUACUUGAAUCCCUUUUGUUUUACAACGAUGUUCCCAUCAACUUCUAUAUGGACCCUAAUAAACUUAACCCUUUACUCUGUGCCUCGUUCAUCUUCAGCUACCUUUGGGGAUUGGGAGGUAGCAUUCUUGAAUCUCAUUGGGAUGCUUUUGAUAGUUUUAUCAGAAACCUGUUUGAAGAUAAUGCAGAUGCUAGGCUUCCCGUCAGUGGAGAUUUGUGGAGUUGUUACAUUGACUUUGAAUCACGGCGAUUUGAAUUUUGGGAUAAAAUUGUCCCCAGUUUUAAAUAUGACCGAAAUGUCCCAUAUUACAACAUUGUAGUUCAAACAGUCGACACCAUACGCUAUGGUUAUCUUCUUCAGAAAUUUUUAUGCAUUAAGCACCCUGUAUUACUGACUGGAGACACAGGUGUUGGAAAAUCUCUUAUUGCUCAUGGAUUAUUAAAUAAAAUGGCUAAGAAUGGAGGAUAUGUUCCUGUUUAUCUGAACUUCUCUGCUCAAACAAGCAGCCAACGCACUCAAGAAAUGAUUGAAACGAAACUGGAGAAAAAACGGAAAAAUAUACUUGGGGCUCCUCAAGACAAGAGAAUUAUAAUUUUUAUAGAUGACUUAAAUUUGCCUAAACCAGAUGAUUAUGGUUGUCAAAAACCAAUUGAAUUACUUCGACAGUUCCUAGACUUUGGAGGAUUUUAUGAUAGAGAAAAGUUAUUUUGGAAAGAAAUAAUGGAUGUAACUCUAUCAGCUGCUUGUGGGCCUCCUGGGGCUGGGCGUAAUCCUGUAACAGCAAGAUUCAUCAGACACUUCACAAUACUUUCAAUCCCUUCACCAUCAGAAAAUAACCUGCAACAUAUUUUCAUGUCUAUAUUAACUGGCUUUUUCCAAGAUUUUCAUCAAAAUGUCCGGAAUUUAACAGAAGGCAUUGUUUCAGCAGCAGUUGAUAUUUUCAAUCAAAUGAAGAAAGCUUUCCUUCCAACACCAACUAAAUCUCAUUACAUUUUCAAUCUAAGAGAUUUAUCAAAGUGUAUCCAAGGUAUUUUGCAGUGUGAUUCUGGAUAUAUCCGGGAUAGGAAAAAAGCUUUAAGUUUGUUUUGUCAUGAAACAUUGCGUAUCUUCCACGACCGUUUAAUCAACAGCAAAGACAAGCUCUCUUUUUACAAUAUGCUGUCUGACAUGGUUAACAAACAUUUUGGAGAGAUUAUGAAUCCUGAAGCGUUUAUUGAAAAUCCUAUUUUAUUUGGAGAUUUCCAUUCCUUACAAAAUGACAAAAGCAACCAACACUAUGAAGAACUUCCGGAACAAAAUAAAAUUCAAUACAUUCUUCAAGAGUAUCUUACAGAAUUCAACAUUAUAGCUGCCAAAGAUAUGAUGAAGCUUGUCUUUUUUAUGGAUGCAAUUGAAAAUAUUACUCGGAUAGCUCGAAUUCUUUGUCAGCAAAGAGGAAACGGUUUAAUGGUUGGUGUUGGUGGUACAGGAAAGCAGUCAUUAACGCGUUUAGCUGCUCAUAUAUGUGGUUAUAAGUGCUUCCAGAUUCAAUUAACACAAGGCUAUGAUUAUACAACAUUUCGGGAAGAUUUGAUAAAAAUAUAUAACAUGGUUGCAGCUGAAAAUGAAAGUACAGUAUUUUUAUUCACAGAUACCCAGAUUGUAGUAGAAGACAUGUUGGAAGAUAUAAGUAAUAUCUUAAACUCAGGUGAGGUUCCAAACCUUCUUGAGCCUGAAGAUCUUGAAAAGUUGAUUAUUGCAUGUCGACCAGCAGCAAAAGAAGCUGGAAUACCUGAAGGCAACCGAGAUAUGAUAUAUGAUUUCUGCAUCAACAGAGUUAGAAACAAUCUCCACAUUGUUUUGUGCAUGAGUCCAGUUGGUAAUGCAUUCAGGACACGCUGCCAGACAUUCCCUUCUUUUGUAAAUUGCUGUACAAUCAAUUGGUUUACUGAAUGGCCAAAAGAAGCAUUGUUAAACGUAGCAGAAUCUUUCUUUGACAAGCUGGAUUUUGAUGACACAAUGAAAACUAAGUUGUCAGCUAUGUGUGUUGAGAUACACGUUAGUGUUACAUCAAUUGCUGAGAGAUUUCGUAACGAACUGAAACGAUGCUACUACACAACACCAACAAGUUACCUGGAGUUGAUCAACCUCUAUUUGUCUAUGUUAAAUGACAGAAGCAAUUCCAUAAAAACUGCUGAAGCUCGAGUAAAAAAUGGUGUGAAAAAGCUUUUGGAGACAAAUGAACUUGUUGCUAAAAUGAAAAAAGAACUUGUUGCACUUGAACCAGAAUUAAAACAAAAGUCAGCCAACACAAAUGCUUUGAUGGAAAAGCUUGUUUUAGACCAAGAUAAAGUGGAUUCUGUAAGGAAAGUUGUGGUAGAGGACGAAGCCAUUGCAAAAGCUAAAACAGAAGAAACACAAGCCAUUGCUAAUGAUGCACAAAGAGAUCUUGACGAAGCUCUCCCGGCUCUUGAGGAUGCCAUUAAGGCUCUUGAUUCACUUGAUAAAUCAGAUAUUUCAGAGAUUCGAGUAUUCACCAAUCCACCAGAACUGGUUCAAACUGUAUUAGAAGCUGUUUGUAUAUUGAUGAAUCAAAGAACGGACUGGUCAACAGCAAAAGCAAUGCUUGGUGAACCAAAUUUUCUAAGAAAAAUGGUAGAAUAUGACAAGGAUCAUAUCACUGAUGGAAUUUUAAAGAAGCUGAAAAAGUAUAUUGACAAUCCAAAGUUUCGACCAGAAUUUGUAGAGAAGACAUCAAAGGCUUGUCGUUCAAUGUGCAUGUGGGUACGUGCAAUGGAUCUUUAUGCUCACAUACAUAGAACAGUUGAACCUAAGCGCCAGAGGAAUUUAACAACCAACUCUGUAAUGUCACUGGAGAUGUGUUUAUAUCAGCUGCUUGUGUGGCCUAUUAUGGUGCUUUUACUAAUAAUUACCGAAUGGAACUUGUGGAUCACUGGUCUCUUCAUUGCAAGCAGUUGGAAAUCCCAAUAUCAGAUGAUUUCUCUCUUAAAAACAUCAUGGCAGAUCCAUUUGAAAUACAACAGUGGCAUACAGAUGGAUUACCAAGAGACCAAGUUUCAAUUGAAAAUGCAAUCUUAGCCACAAGGGGCCAUCGUUGGCCCUUAAUGAUUGACCCUCAGG